AUGAAGACCAGCUCGGCUGCUCUGGGCCCGCCCACAGUGAGCAUCACUGCCCUGGACUUUGGCAAUGUUGAGUCGGUGAACCAGGUCCAUGUGGCCAUAGUCGGCGCCGGCCCCCGUGGAACCAGUUCGCUAGAACGUCUAUGCUCGUCGGCAUCCGAGUUCCUCGGAGCGUCCGGACGGCUCACCGUCCACGUUAUAGACCCGUCCCCUCCAGGCCCGGGCAUGGUAUGGCGCAGAGACCAGUCAGCCCAACUCCUGAUGAACACAGUCACCUCCCAGGUGACGCUGUUCACGGAUGAUAGUGUCGUCUGUGCCGGCCCCAUUCGCCCCGGCCCAAGUCUGCAUGACUGGGCAAGGAAGGCUGAGCCGGACCUGGGACCGGACGACUACGCCACCCGUUCACAGUAUGGCGGUUACCUGGAAUGGGUCUUUGGCGAAGUGGUUCGGAGAGCACCCCCCAACGUCAGGGUCGAGGUACACGCUACGCUGGCCGUCCGCCUGAACGAUGCCAUUGACGGCACUCAGACCCUUGCCCUGUCCAACGGUGACGUCCUGUCAGGCCUUGCGGCGGUUGUCCUGGCCCAGGGUCAUCUUCCUCUCCGUAUGGACCCUGAGCUGCAGAGGCUGACCAGCUAUGCGGCCGAGAAUAAGCUGCGCCACUUCGCCCCCAACAACCCGGCCGAUCUUGAUCUCUCGGUCAUCCAGCCGGGGGAGUCGGUCUUGCUCCGCGGUCUGGGGCUCAACUUCUUUGAUCACAUGGCCUUGCUGACCACCGGACGCGGCGGACGCUUCGUCACCUCGUCCAAAGGCGGACUCGUCUAUCUUCCCUCGGGCGAUGAGCCGCACAUGUAUGCUGGCUCACGUCGUGGGAUUCCGUAUCACGCCCGCGGCGACAAUGCCAAAGGUGCAUUCGGCCGUCAUGUGCCUCUCGUCUUGACGGAAGACGUCAUCGCCAACUUCCACAAGCGCGCACAUGCCGGCGACGCCCCGGACUUUUUGAAAGAAGUCUGGCCCCUCGCGGCCAAGGAGGUGGAAGUGGUGUACUAUGAGGCGGUGCUGCGGGCACGGCAGAAGGGAGUUUCCAUGGCGAGUGCGCCGUUCAAAUUCCGCCAACGCUUUCUGGCUGUUCCUCACGAAAGCCGCCAGGAAGCGCAGCUCCUCGAGGAGUUUGGAAUUGCCAAGACGGAGAGAUGGUCCUGGGAACGCAUCCAGCGGCCUCAGGGCAACCGCGUAUUCUCCACUGCCGGUGCAUGGAAGACAUGGCUGCUCGAGUACCUGAGACAGGACGCCAAGGAGGCGUCCCUGGGCAACGUCGACGGGCCCCUGAAAGCGGCCCUCGACGUCAUGCGUGAUAUACGCAACGAGCUGCGCCUCGUUGUGGACCACAACGGUGUAAAGGGGUCAUCGUACAGGGACCACCUGGACCGUUGGUACACGCCGCUCAACGCCUUCCUGUCCAUCGGGCCGCCUCGUCAGCGCAUCGAGCAGAUGGUUGCCCUCAUGGAGGCCGGCGUGCUGGACGUCCUGGGGCCGCGGAUGCGCGUACAGGCCGGGGAUGGCGUCUGGAUAGCCUCCUCGCCUGAGAUCCCGGGCUGGACGGUGCGAGGCACGACGCUCAUCGAGGCCAGGCUGCCGGAGCCCAACCUGCGGCACACUGCCGACGAGCUCUUGUCUCAUCUGCUCAAGACGGGCCAGUGCCGGCCGCACGUCCUCGAUGGCUACGAGACGGGGGGCAUCGACAUCACAGGCAGCCCCUACCGGCUCGUGGAUGCCCAGGGGCGAGCGCAUCCCAGACGAUUUGCCGUUGGCGUGCCUACAGAAGGGGUCCAUUGGGUCACGGCUGCGGGAGCUCGUCCUGGAGUCAACUCGGUCACUCUGACGGAUACUGACGCCGUAGCCCGGGCCGCGCUGCAUGCAGCCCGAUCCGAGAUGGACAAGGGCUGCGAACCUGCUCUGCAGACUAGUUCGUUACCAAUGGCCAUUGUGGCAUAG